UAUAUUUAGUGUCAUGUAUAUUUUUACAAAUCGAAGGAUAUUUUCACAAGCCCAGUGUACGUAUUCUAACUGCACCUAUGGAAAUGACUUUACCAGCAGAUUCUCUCUUUGGAUACAGUAUUGCAUACCAGAAGAGUAUGAGACAUUUAAUAAUAAGUGCACCAACAGCAGAUAACAUUGGUCAAAUAUUUAGAGCCGAAUUAGAUAAUGGGUUUGUAAGACAAAUACCUGUUCCUAUAUCACAUGAUCAAAGCAACCAAGACAACUAUUGGUUGGGAGCUAGCGUUCAAACGAAUUCUACGAAUUUUAUAACCUGUGCUCCUCGAUCAACCGAUUAUUUUAAUACUCGGGUAAGCAAGUGUAUCUUUGAGUCACAAAACCGAAUGUACUUCAUAACUCUUCAGCCAUCCGAUAAAAACUUAGGUCUUGAUGGCUACGGCUGGAGCAUUUAUAUGGACGAAGAUAUCUACCUAAACAAUCCUAUUUUAAAGGGUAACGUACAAGUUUUUUCCAUUGAAGAAAAUAGUUUUUUCGAAAAGAAGUACAGUCUCUACGAUAUCCAACAAAAGGCUUUGAAUUUUGGGUACAGUAUAGUAAAUGGUAAAUUCUUCUCAAACGAAUUUUCGUCGCUUGCAAUAAGCUCUACGUACGGGGAGUACGGUCAAGGAAAGAUAUUUUUCUUCGAAGGCACUCUAGAAGUGGGGUCAAUCUCUGACGGGGAAGUGGGGUCGAUGUUUGGCGCGGUCCUGGCAGUGGCCAACCUCGGAGGACCACGGUCGUGCCUGCUGGUUGGCGCGCCGACACACACGACCACGGCAAGAAGCUAUGAUGUUGGGGCCGUGUAUUUGUAUACGCCGGAGUAUGAUACUAAAAUAUUGAAGUUGCACAGAAUUAUAACAGGAGUAUCGAAUGCAGGCUACUUCGGGGCAGCCAUUGCUAGCGUGGGAGAUAUGGACGACGAUGGACUUGAUGAAGUGGCGAUCUCAGCUCCAUAUGAAAACGAUGGGCAAGGCGCAGUAUACAUAUACACUGGCGCGGGUUUACUCGCCGGCCACUCGUGGGCGCAAAGGAUAGAACCACCAGACACCAUGUACACUUUUGGUUUGAGUCUCUCUGCGUUAGAUGAUUUUACAUUGAACGGGUGUGAUGGUUUAGCGAUUGGAGCCCCUCGUAGUAAUAAGGUCGCUCUAUAUAGAGGCAUACCAUUAAUAACAGUCGUCUUAUCUACAAACUACACACUUGCAAAGCGACCUAAAGAUGCAAAUUCCUUUGACAUUGAAGUUAAAUUAAAUGUGAACUAUUCUAGUAAUUUGGGACGAAUUGACGCAGUUCUAGCAGUAAAAUUAGAGAUAAUGCACCCAAAUGCAAAGUUGGCAGAUGCAGGUGCUGACGGCACAUACACAUAUAACGUGGCUUUGGCUUCUAAAGACACUGAGAUGUCGAGAAGAAUCAAAAUCUUAACUCCAGCUGAGGGUGACUACGAGCAAGUGAUAUCUUACAAAGUAUCAGCUGAACUGGUCAACGAUCCAAUGUCAGCGAAGCACUACAGAACAUCUCAAGUGAUGCUGAGUGACCGCAGCAUCCUCCUCUCACUAGGGUCUAUAUGGGCGGCAGACUGCGGCAGCAUGGAAUGCAACCCGAAGUUUACUGCAAAGUUGACGUCAUCGAUGCCGAAAACCUAUACACCUUGGACAUCAGACAACGAGACAGUAUCGAUAUAUCUUCACAAUGACGGCGAAACUGCAUACUCAGCGUGUGUCAAGAUACGGGUACAUACUGCACGUAUACUCCAACCUUCGUCUAGUUGUGUUAGAAUGGACGACGAUGUUCUCAUUUGUAAGCCGAAGACGCUCCUGCGAAAUGGUGAUUACUGGAAUAUAACCAACAUUUAUUUGGAGACAAGUGACUUGACGAGCAAUGAAAAAACCAUUCAGAUCGAUUACGAUGUGUACAACCACUGUAACAAGGACGAGAAAACGCAUUACGAAGAAAUAUUCGUUCUCGAGUCAGUCAGCACUGGGAUCAUUGUACAAAGAGCCUCAAACGUCGAAGGGGCAGUUAAUAUAACGACGUUGGAAAUUGAAGAGGGGAAACGCCUACAGCACUCUUAUACGAUCAGUAAUUUAGGACCAACAAACUGGGUUUCCGUCAAAUGUGAAGUUGUAUUACCGAGAAGAAAAUAUUUAGAAGUUAUGGAAAAUCCAAUUGAGAUAAAUACCGAGAAAUCUGUAAUAAAAUGUGACGUAAAUGCGAACGAAGGUACUGAAGAUGUUAUAAAAGCAUUGUGUAAUAUUGGAGACCUGCGGAGGACUAAAGCAACUAAAAUUUUCAUAAGCAUGUUUGUUCUGCCGAAAGGAUUAGAAAACAUAAUAUACAAAGAAAACGUGGAAUUAACGACUGAAAUAACUUUGAUGUUUAAUGAGCAACAAACUUACAGCAUAACAAACACGCUCUGCUACUAUCGAGAGACUGUAUCAUCCUGGAUCAUAUUACUGGCCAUUCUAUUUGGUCUCCUUAUAAUCAUCAUUAUAGGUUAUGUACUUUAUAGGUGUGGUUUUCUACAAAGAAAGAAGAAGCAACGUCUUAACAAUCUAAAGAAAUCCAUCAGAAAGCAAAACUCAGACAGACAAAAGGACAGAACAUCAGGCGCGGAAAGCUUACAAUGUGACGAAGAGUAUUUAGUGCCUGAUGAAGAUUCGGUACAACAUCAUACUGAUAAAUAAUAUAAUAAUUAAGAGAUUAUUUGUGUUUUUGGAUUUUAAUCCAGAUCUGUAGAUCUCAAUCUUUGACAUGUUUGUUAUGUGCUUUAUGUAGGUGUACUUAUUAACUGAAUAUUGUUUUUAAAUACCAAUCACAGAACAAAUAUACUCUAGGGAGAUACCAAUAUAGAACUAUUUUUACUUUAUUACAGUUGUUUUUGACUUCGAUCAAAGCCCACUAAAACGUAUUACAAAUAAGCUGACCAGAUGACUUGUAAAGCUGAAAAUACUUUGCCAUAAAAUAUAAACUAUAAAUUUAUAAGAAAUAGAAAAAACUCGAUCACGAGGCGUGACUCGAACCCGUAUCCUUUCACGCCAAUCGGGCGGACGCCUGACCAACUCAGCCACCCGUGACCCGUGAUUAGAAACUAUAUUUUCUAUUCUUAUCUGUAUCAAGUACCUAUAAGGUAGUUUUGUAUAUUCAUAUAAUUUUGUAAUUCUUAGACUGAAUGUAUAUAUUUUCUGUUAUGUAAACCCAAAAAUAUGUGUUCAACAGUUUUCGUCAACUUUAAACUUUAACAUAAAUCUUUAGCGUGUAACCCACCCAUGUAACCCACAACAUCUAAAAUAGGAAGGCAAUAAAUAAAACAAAAUAUAAUUA